CAACCUUUGACUUGUUUCGGAAAAAAAUCCAAUAGUGAAUAGCGGCCCUUAUCCAUAUGUGUUCGGUACGUGGUCUAUCCAUGGCUUCUCUUAGCUACUGAAUCAGCGCAAGAACUGGAGCUUUGUGGUCGUGCGAGGUAGAAAACCUUCAUGCAACUCCAUAAUUGUUCAUUACUUCAGUAAAAUUCCAUCACAAAUUUCUUCUCUGUAAUUAUGGAAUCCUCUCCAAUGGCUUCUUCCCAAAUUUCAUCAUCUUUCUGCACAAUUUCUUCCUCAUCAAUCAAUAACAACAAGAAACAACAACCAAUCCAUGGCGGAAACCUUCCUAUUUCAUUUACUUCUGUAGUUAAUGGCGGUCGCCGUCUAAUUUAUCAUCAAAAUAAUAAUAAUGGAAGAAGAGGGAGAAAUCGAGUCGGAUUAUUGCAGGUGAAAGCGGCAACACAAAAUGGAUUGUUGAAUUUGGGAAAUAUGUUGUUUAAUUUCAAAGGCGGUGAUUCUGCUGAAUCAACAAGGCAGAAGUAUUCUUCUAUUGUUUCUCAAAUUAAUCAAAUGGAACCACAAAUUUCUGCGCUUUCUGAUUCGCAAUUAAGAGAGCGUACUGCUGUGCAUCGUGAACGUGCUCUUUCUGGCGAAUCGCUUGAUUCUCUUCUUCCUGAAGCUUUUGCUGUUGUCAGAGAGGCUUCCAAGAGGAUUUUAGGGCUUCGUCCAUUUGAUGUUCAACUUAUUGGAGGUAUGGUACUACACAAGGGAGAAAUAGCAGAAAUGCGAACUGGAGAAGGCAAGACAUUAGUUGCCAUAUUACCAGCCUAUCUCAAUGCCCUGACGGGUAAAGGAGUUCAUGUUGUCACUGUUAAUGAUUAUUUAGCUCGUCGAGACUGUGAGUGGGUUGGUCAAGUUCCCCGGUUUCUUGGUCUCAAUGUUGGUCUUAUACAGCAGAACAUGACAAGUGAAGUAAGGAGGGAAAAUUACUUAUGUGACAUCACAUAUGUCACUAAUAGUGAGCUUGGAUUUGAUUUUUUGAGAGAUAACCUUGCCACGAGUGUUGAAGAGCUCGUAAUGAGGAGUUUCAAUUUUUGUGUUAUUGAUGAGGUUGAUUCUAUACUUAUUGAUGAGGCCAGAACUCCUUUGAUCAUAUCUGGACCUGCAGAGAAGCCUAGUGACCGCUACUACAAAGCUGCAAAAAUUGCAGCCGCCUUUGAACGUGACAUACACUAUACAGUUGAUGAGAAGCAGAAAUCAGUUUUACUCACAGAGCAGGGGUAUCAAGAUGCCGAAGAGAUUCUUGAGGUUGAGGAUUUAUAUGAUCCCCGAGAGCAAUGGGCACUAUACAUCCUGAAUGCAAUCAAGGCAAAAGAGCUAUUUUUGAAAGACGUGAACUACAUAAUUCGUGGCAAAGAGAUACUUAUAGUGGAUGAGUUCACUGGCCGCGUAAUGCAGGGGAGGCGAUGGAGUGAUGGGCUUCACCAGGCAGUGGAAGCAAAAGAAGGUCUACCUAUACAGAAUGAAACAGUUACCUUGGCUUCCAUUAGCUAUCAGAACUUCUUUCUUCAGUUCCCAAAACUAUGUGGGAUGACUGGCACAGCAGCUACUGAAAGUGCAGAGUUUGAGAGUAUAUACAAGCUUAAAGUUACUACUGUUCCCACCAACAAACCCAUGAUACGAAAGGAUGAAUCGGAUGUCGUUUUUAGGGCCACUGCAGGAAAAUGGAGGGCAGUUGUAGUUGAAAUAUCAAGAAUGCACAAGACAGGCCGACCAGUGCUUGUGGGAACAACAAGUGUUGAGCAGAGUGAGUCACUGUCUGAGCAACUACAGGAGGCUGGUAUCGCUCAUGAGAUUCUCAAUGCGAAACCUGAAAAUGUCGAAAGAGAGGCAGAGAUUGUGGCCCAAAGUGGUCGUUUUGGAGCAGUUACUAUUGCUACAAAUAUGGCUGGUCGUGGAACAGACAUCAUUCUAGGGGGAAAUCCUGAAUUUAUGGCUAGGCUGAAAAUUUGUGAGAUGCUUAUGCCAAAGGUAGUUCGGUCAGGUGAUGGAGGUUUUGUUUCCAUAAAGAAGCCUCCUCCUACAAAAACUUGGAAGGUAAAAGAAACUUUAUUCCCAUGCAAACUAUCUCAUGAGAACGCUAAAUUGGUUGAAGAAGCUGUACAAAUGGCGACAAAAACUUGGGGGCAGAAAUCUUUAACUGAGCUUGAAGCAGAGGAACGUCUGUCUUAUUCAUGUGAAAAGGGUCCUGCACAGGAUGAAGUCAUUGCAAAACUCCGCCAUGCUUUUUUGGAAAUUGCUACAGAGUAUAAGACUUACACAGACCAAGAGAAAAACAAGGUUGUGUCAGCUGGUGGGCUUCAUGUCAUUGGUACCGAACGCCAUGAAUCGCGUCGUAUAGACAAUCAGUUACGUGGUCGAAGUGGCAGGCAAGGGGAUCCAGGAAGUUCUCGCUUCUUUCUUAGCCUUGAAGAUAAUAUAUUUCGGAUAUUUGGUGGUGACCGAAUUCAAGGUUUGAUGAGAGCUUUCAGAGUGGAAGACUUACCCAUUGAGUCUAAAAUGUUGACCAAAGCACUUGAUGAGGCUCAGAGAAAAGUGGAAAAUUAUUUCUUCGAUAUAAGAAAGCAAUUAUUUGAGUAUGAUGAGGUUCUAAACAGCCAAAGAGAUCGAGUGUAUGCAGAGAGAAGGAGAGCUCUUGAGUCCGACAAUCUUGAUUCUCUUCUAAUCGAGUAUGCAGAGUUAACAAUGGAUGAUAUACUAGAGGCAAAUAUUGGUUCUGAUGCCCCAAAGGAAAACUGGGAUCUUGAAAAGCUCAUUGCAAAACUUCAACAGUAUUGCUAUUUGUUAAAUGAUUUGACCCCACAGCUGCUCUCGGACAACUCUUCAACUUAUGAAAAUUUGCAAGAUUACCUUCGUCGUCGUGGUCGUGAAGCGUAUCUGCAGAAAAAGGACAUGGUAGAAAAACAAGCACCAGGCCUAAUGAAGGAAGCAGAGCGAUUUCUUAUCUUGAGCAACAUUGAUCGCUUAUGGAAAGAACAUUUGCAGGCUAUUAAAUUUGUUCAGCAAGCUGUAAGCCUUCGUGGAUAUGCUCAAAGGGAUCCACUCAUAGAAUACAAGCUUGAAGGCUACAAUCUUUUCCUCGAAAUGAUGGCCCAAAUCAGAAGAAAUGUUAUCUACGCUGUGUACCAGUUUCAACCUGUGCUAGUGAACGAUCAGGAGCAACAGCAGAAGGGAAAAUCUAAUGGCAGCGUAAAAAAUAAAAGAACAGGUGACACAAAUCCAAACCCAGCCAAUCCUGUGGAAUCCUCCUCAUCGGCCAGUCCUCAGAAUGCUUAGAUGUUGCGGGUAAAGUACACAUGCACCAGUGUUGCCCAUCAAUUAAUCGCACGUCUCUUGUUUGUGGGGCUCCUUGUAGUUGGUUGCUUUCAUUUUUCUGUAUAGAAGUACCGAAACUAUAGUCUACUUAGUCACCAACUACUAUUAUUGUAAACCACAAACUAUUUUGCUGUAUGAAAUACAGAUUUUAACCACAAUCCAAUUAUUAUAAGCACUGUAAAGAACCUCAUCAUUCGAUCAUUUUAUAUUUUUAAAAAGUUCAAGCAAAAUAUAUAUUUGCGCAAGA